AUGGACGUGGCCGUGGCCGCUGCCCUCCCGGCCGCGGUCCUCCUGGGCUGCCUGGGGCUCCAGUGGCUCGUCUUCCGGAGCCGGGACGGGCCGCCCUGCAUCGGGGGCUGGAUCCCCUGGGUGGGAGCGGCGCUCCGGUUCGGGCAAGCCCCCCUGGCGUUUAUCCAGCAAGCCAGGCUCCAGUAUGGACCGGUAUUCACGGUGUAUAUGCUGGGGAAACGAUACACAUUUGUUACAGAGGAAGAAGGAUGCCAAGUAUUUUGCACGUCUAAAGAUGCAGACUUUGAGCAAGCCGUGCAACAGUCUGUUGAGCAUGCAGCUUCAAUUCCCAAAGAGAUCUUUUAUCAGAAUAGGUUCAAAAUUUAUACGAUGAUGAAGGGGAGACUGUCGUCCUUGAAUCUGCCCCUGCUGGUUGGGAGUCUCUGUGCGGAAGUGCAAGAUCACAUGCGGGACUUAGGAGCAGAGGGGACCAAGAGUCUCCGUGACCUGGUAAGGAAUAUCAUGUUCCCGACCACAGCAAACAUCCUGUUUGGGAGAGACACCUUUGUGAAAACCAAAAACAGUAUUAAGGAGAUACAAGAGCACUUUCAGAAUUACGACGAAGAUUUUGAAUAUGCCACCCAACUGCCUGAAUAUUUUUUGAAGAGAUGGUCUCAAUCCAAGAAGUGGCUCUUUGACGUGUUUCGAAAAGUGGUGCUGCAUGCAGAGGGAACGAACCCCCCUGAGGGCGAUUCCAAGACACUGAUGCAGCACGUCCUGGAUACCCUCAGUGCAAAACGUUUUGGUACUCAUUAUGCGGUCUUGCUCCUCUGGGCAGCUCAAGCGAACGCAGUUCCCGUUUCUUUUUGGACGCUUGCAUUUAUUUUGUCUCAUCCAUCUGUUUACAAAAACGUCAUGCAGGAAGUAGACUCUCUUUUGGGGAGAGCAGGUAAAGAAAAAGUGGAGGUGUCGAACGAAGACCUCAAAAAGCUCCAAUAUAUCAAGUGGUGUAUUUUGGAAAGCGUACGCCUCAGAGCACCAGGAGUCAUCACCAAGAAAGUGACCAACCCGAUAAAACUUCAAAAUUUUGUCAUCCCCGCUGGCGACAUGCUGAUGCUGUCUCCAUACUGGAGCCAUAGGAACCCGAAAUAUUUCCCUGAGCCUGAAAGUUUUAAACCGGAUCGCUGGAAAGUAGCAAAUUUAGAGAAGAACGCUUUCUUGGAAGGCUUCGUGGCGUUCGGAGGAGGGUCGCAUCAGUGUCCUGGAAGAUGGUUUGCUAUAGCAGAGAUUCAAAUCCUCAUCAUUUUGUUCCUUUAUAAAUACGAAUGCAGCCUUCUGGACCCGGUACCGAAGGAGAGUCCUCUCCACUUAACAGGGACUCAGCAGCCUGAAGGACCGUGCAGAAUUCGGUACAAAAGGAGAGCGUAGACACUGUCAACGGCAGCCAGUUCUCAUACCAGCCCCUGCCACGUUAAGAGACCGUUGAUCCCCAGGCCUUCCUGCAUUUUUAGGCACCACAUCUGGAGUUAGGAAACCAGAACUUUAGCUGUACUGCACAACCUCUGUCUUUUAUUUCCCUUGCCCAUCAUUUCAGGUUUGGGAAACCUUUACCCAGAGAACAGCCGCCUUCUUUUCAUUCAUCUUUUUUGGUAUACGGAUUGCAACUCUUUAGGGUUUUUUUCAUUGAGCACUUUAUUAAGAGGCUGCCCCCCCAUGUCAAAGUUCAUUGAGGACAAGCGGCUUCCAUCUGAGCCAGAUAGAGGCAGACAUGCUCAGAGAUGCCUUUGCGACUGUGUGGAAGAGGAGGAGAUUGGAUUUAUACCCUGCCCUUGACUUAAGAGUCUCAGAGUGGUUUACAAUCUCCUUCCCUUCCUCUCCCCACAACAGACACCCUGUGGGGAAGAAGAAGAUGAAGAUAUUGGAUUUAUAUCCCGCCCUCCGCUCCGAAUCUCAGAGUCUUAGAGCAGAUCACAAUCUCCUUUCCCUUCCUCCCCCACAACAGACACCCUGUGAGGUGGGUGGGGCUGGAGAGGCCUCUCCCAGCAGCUGCCCUUUCAAGGACAACCUCUGCCAGAGCUAUGGCUGACCCAAGGCCAUUCCAGCAGGUGCAAGUGGAGGAGUGGGGAAUCAAACCUGUUCUCCCAGAUAAGAGUCCUCACACUUAACCACUAUACCAAACUAGCUGUACACCUCACACUUAACCACUAAUACAUACCAUAGACCUUUAUUGGCAUUGAUAUAAGAAUACAGUAUACUUUAAAACCAACAGUAACACUAUAGAAUAUAAUAAAACCUUUAAAAAAACCAGCAAAAGUUAAAUGACAUAAAA